GUCCAAAUUACUACGCACCUCAUAGUUUUAAACAUCAAUUAACUUACCGAAAUUCCUAAAACAUUAUUUUCGACCACGACAGCGGAAAACUCCUCCUAGAAGAGGGGUUUUCAUUUCACCGAGAAACCUAGCAUUCUUCCGCAGACGACGGAGUAUUAAUUGAGGCCACACGACAAGCACCACCAGUGGUGAAGUCUCUUCUCUCGCCUUUGACUUGCGCUGCUGGUACUAUGCCGGCAGCAACGAAUGAUGGGCCAACUGUGGCCUUGUCUUUUGCCAACAACUUCUGGGGCAAAGAAGACGCAGGUGUAGGCCCACUUCUCGAGCGUAUGCAUGGCGCCAAACAAACAUGCGAUGAGCUACGAUCGUUCUACAAUGCCCGUGCCUCGAUCGAAGAAGAGUAUUCAAAAAAACUUCUCUCUCUAUGUCGGAAACCGUUGGGGUCGCAAGAAAUGGGCAGUCUAAAGAACUCGCUUGAUACGGUACGAGGAGAGCUCGAGUCCAUGGGGAAGCAACACCAGAGCAACGCCGCCCAGAUGAGGAGUGAGCUGGAGGAGCCAUUAGCUGCUUUUGCUGGAGCAAUGAAGGAGCGACGAAAGAUCGUACAGAACGGCAUUGAGAAGCUCCUGAAGCUGAAAAUACAGCAGACACAGCACGUAAACAAGACUCGUGAUAAAUACGAGCAAGAAUGCCUCAAAAUUAAAGGCUAUCUUGCACAGGGCCACAUGGUGAUGGGCCAGGAGGAGCGGAAAAACAAAGCCAAACUGGAGAAGACUCAGAUUAGCCUAGCAACCUCCAACACCGAGUACGAAAAUGCAGUCAAAGUCCUCGAGGACACCACAGCCCGCUGGAACCGGGAGUGGAAAGGAGCUGCAGACAAGUUUCAGGACCUGGAAGAGGAGCGUCUCGACUUCACCAAGAGCAGUCUAUGGACCUUUGCCAACAUUGCAUCCACAGUUUGCGUCAGCGACGAUGCCUCAUGCGAGAAGAUAAGACUAUCUCUUGAGAAACUCGAUGUGGAGAAGGACAUCAUGACCUUUAUCGGGGAGCGUGGAACUGGCCAAGAGAUUCCGGACCCGCCAAAAUACAUCAACUUCUGUCGAGGCGAUGUUGAUUCUCAGUCGGAGGCAUCAGACGAUGAGAAUUACUCGGUGGCACAAUUUCCCCGGAGCAUCAAUCCUGCUUACCGCUCCUCGUCGCCACAGCCAUCAACUUUUGAAUCGCAUCAUGACCCCAACAGUGCCCUCGCACGGGAGCUUGCCCACCGAGAUCCAGGAACGCCGACGAGCAGGGAGCAAACCGUGACACCUCAAAAGCUUCCCCAGAAGGUGCCACAACCUGCGUCGACCCCAACUGAGAGACAGAGCAGGCAAAUUAAGAACCAGCCGCCACCUGAACAAAAAUACGAUUCCAAUGAGUUUGCGCCGGCACCAGUCGAGAGACAUACCAGACAAAUCAAGCACCAGCCACCACCUGAGCAGAAGUACGAUCCCAACGAGUUUGCGCCAGUGCCGCACGAUCCUUAUCCCAUGGACGGCAUGACAAUGCUUUGCCGGACAAAGCCGGGCGGCUCUGAUCUAGGUUCGCAGGUAGACUCGCAGCUUGGAUCACAGAUAGGUUCACACAUGGGCUCACAGGUCAGUUCUGUGCGACCUUCAAGCCGAGAUGGCGAUGGUCACAGUGACUAUUCCAAUCCGACUUCCAUGUCCAGCAUAGAGCCUCCUAGUGGCAAAACAUCCCCAGUGAAACAAGAGCCACCAGCUUCAGAUAGGGGUGUGAUGAAGAAGAAGAGUGGCUUUUUCCAACACCAUAGUCCUUUCCGCCGAAAGAGCAACAAGGAGAGCCAGCAACCGGCUUCUUUCAGGAACACAUGGCACUCCUCCCAAGCACCUGCAUCUCGUGGCCAUUCCACAUAUGGUGGAGCUGCGGCCGAGCCUCCAAUGGCAUCAAACCCGAGGUCCCCAAGCCCAGACCCCAUCGACGCCAACGCCAGCCUUGCCCUCAAUGUUGGUCAGAAUGUUUUUGCUGUGUCUACACCAACUAGGCAGCAGAAAGAGGCAGCAGCUGCUCCGGCUCCAGAUGAUGACCCUAUUGCACUGGCACUCGCAGAACUAAAGGGGGUCACGGGUAGCGUAGGGAAGGUAUCUUCAGUGCGCAUGUCAGCAGAUCGCUACCACGGCAUUGCCACACCAGCUCCCGGUACCCAGCCGCCAGUAUCUCGCUCUGUUGCAAACGCCCGGGCCAACGAUGCGGUCUCGUCAGGCAUCAGGGGCACACCGCCGCCAUCGUAUGACCAACAAGUUCAGAGAUUGGGCGUCCCUGCCGCAGCAGUGACCUCGAGGGCCAUGAAAGAGACAUCCCAGAAGUUUGUCACCCAAACACGCAGCAUGUUUAAUCAGCCCCCACCCCAACCCUCAACAGGGGCAUAUGCAUCCCCCUCGCGCCCUGCGACCCGCGGGGCAGACAUGCCGCGUACGGCCUCCCCAGCACACAAUCAUCGUACAGCGUCUCCCUCUCAAAUGCCGCGUACAGCCUCUCCUGCUCCUACGCGUAGUACGUCACCACGCCCGCCAACUCUCUCUGACCAACAGCGAAGCUAUCGGUCAGCCUCGCCGAAUCCAUACGCAGCCAGUGAGCGUCAUCAUCAAAGGACUGGUUCAUACACUCCAAGCAGGACGCAGCAACAUCGGGGAUCCGACCAGGGUUAUUAUCAGCGACAGAACUCCCCACGCGCCGAUAUGGCUCGUUCAGCGUCACCAGCGCCAUUCAGGGGCGAGUACUCCUCAAGGCCUAACAGCAGUCAUGUACAACAGGCCGACAUGUCGGUGCAGCUGGCCCCGGUUCCGGACGAUGGGUAUGCAGGGUCUCAGUAUGCAGGGUCUCAGUAUGGAGGUUCGCAGUAUGGAGGAUCGCAACGCGGUAGGAACGGGCGGCCUGGUACUGCUACAGGGUCUCGAGGUUUGAAUCUUUAUGAGGGCGCAGGCCCUGUGCAGAGAACGAGAAGCAAGAGCGUUGCGGACACGAGCCGCCAGUAUACCAGAGACGGUCGUCCAAUUUUGCAUUUUGCUCGAGCUUCAUACAUGUAUCAGGCUGCAAUUCCGGAGGAGCUUGGCUUUGCUAAAGGUGACGUCCUCGCAGUGCUGAGGCACCAGGACGAUGGUUGGUGGGAGGCCGAGGUGCACGGCGGCGAUGGACAAGUCGGCUUGGUACCUAGCAACUAUCUCCAAGUCUGCUAAGCGGCUGGCCGUUCUUUUUACUGUCCUCGUGUGUAUGGAAAGGGACUGACGUUGUUCACGAGGCAUGAACUUGGUUUCUAUGAGGUAUUUGCAUAUUGGCUGC